CUUCAUGAGUGUCCAAAGUAACAGUGGAAGUGGUGGUGGAAGUUUGGAGGCGACGCCAUCUUGGUCGCAGCUAUCCUCGUCCCUAACGAUUUCUCAACAACACAUAACGGCGACCACCAAGACCAAGGAAGGCCCCAUGGAGGAGCUGCACAGCCUGGACCCUCGCAGGCAGGAGCUUCUGGAGGCUAGGUUCAUGGGUGCGGUCAGCGGCAACACCGUAGGAAGCAGCGCCAGCGGCGGGGCCAAGGGUCUGGCCAACGAGUGCUCCAACCACAGCUAUGGCAGUCUCGGCUCUUCCAGCGACAAAGAGUCAGAGAACUCUGAUAUGAAGAGGGGGAGUUCUCCUGCAUAUUCUACCCCUGAGAAGAAGCACUCUGAGUCGCCCAGAGGAAGGAAGAGGAAAGCUGACAUCCAAUCGGAGAACAGCCAGGGGAAGACUUCCACACGGGGGCCCAAGAUCAGUGACUACUUUGAUUUCCAGGGGGGGAGUGGCUCCAGUCCGGUGAGGGCUCUACCCCAGUUCCUCCGCUCACCACAGAACUCCCACCACGGUGCUCACUCUGCACCUGGCUCUAACAUCAGACAGAACAGCUCCUCUCCUACCAGUCUGUGUUUCGGAGAUCACCUGAUGAACCACAAAGCCUCCUCCAGCAAGUGUGUUCAGACAGAGUUGACAGGUCUGAAACUGGCUGCUCUAGAGAGCAACAAGAGUCUGGACCUGGAGAAGAAAGAGGGACGCAUAGAUGACCUGCUUAGGGCCAACUGUGACCUGAGGAGACAGAUUGAUGAACAGCAGAAACUCCUGGAGAAAUACAAGGAGAGACUGAACAAAUGCAUCACCAUGAGCAAGAAACUACUCAUAGAGAAGAGCACCCAGGAGAAGCAGUCGUGCAGAGAGAAGAGCAUGCAGGACCGUCUCAGACUGGGUCACUUCACCACUGUACGACAUGGAGCCUCCUACACUGAACAGUGGACCGACGGAUACGCAUUCCAGAACCUUGUCAAGCAGCAGGAGGGUAUCAACCAGCAGAGAGAGGAGAUCGAGCGUCAGAGGAAGCUGCUAGCCAAAAAGAAGCCUCCCAACCCCUCCUCCUCCCCCUCCCUCUCCUUAGCAACCACAUCCGAACCCAAACAACGCAAAGCCAAGGUUGUAAACGGCAAUGACCCCGACCCCUUCCUCAAACCCUCCCUGCCUCAGAUGUUGACUCUGGCUGAGUAUCAUGAGCAGGAGGAGAUCUUCAAGCUUCGCCUGGGACACCUGAAGAAGGAGGAGGCUGAGAUCCAGGCAGAGCUGGAGAGGUUGGAGAGGGUGAGGAACCUCCACAUCCGAGAGCUAAAGAGGAUCAACAAUGAGGACAGCUCAUCGUUUAAAGACCACCCCACUCUGAAUGAGAGGUACCUGCUGCUGUAUCUGCUGGGCAGAGGAGGCUUCAGUGAAGUCUAUAAGGCCUUUGACCUGUUUGAGCAGCGCUACGCAGCCGUUAAAAUCCACCAACUCAACAAGAACUGGAGAGAGGAGAAGAAGGAGAACUACCACAAGCAUGCCUGUAGAGAAUACCGGAUACACAAACAGCUAGACCAUCCCAGAAUAGUCAAACUCUACGACUACUUCUCCCUGGAUACAGACACGUUCUGUACGGUUCUAGAGUUUUGUGAGGGGAACGACUUGGACUUCUAUCUGAAACAGAACAAGCUGAUGUCAGAGAAGGAGGCGCGGUCUAUCGUCAUGCAGAUAGUCAACGCCCUGCGAUACCUCAACGAGAUCAAACCCCCCAUCAUACACUACGACCUCAAACCAGGUAAUAUCUUGCUGGUGGAUGGGACUGCAUGUGGAGAGAUAAAGAUCACAGACUUUGGGCUGUCUAAGAUCAUGGAUGAUGACAACUAUGGUGUGGAUGGCAUGGACCUCACCUCACAGGGAGCUGGCACAUACUGGUACCUUCCCCCAGAGUGUUUUGUAGUGGGCAAGGAGCCUCCUAAGAUCUCUAACAAGGUGGACGUCUGGUCGGUCGGGGUCAUCUUCUUCCAGUGCCUCUAUGGACGGAAACCAUUUGGCCAUAACCAGUCUCAGCAGGACAUCCUUCAGGAGAACACCAUCCUCAAAGCCACCGAGGUCCAGUUCCCUGCCAAGCCCCAGGCCAGCACAGAGGCCAAGGCGUUUAUCCGGCGCUGUCUGGCCUACCGUAAGGAGGCUCGUUUCGACGUUCACCAGCUGGGCACUGACACGUACCUCCUCCCUCACAUGAGACGCACCAACUCCUCAGGCUCCCUUCAGCCCGCCUCCUCCUCAAUCUCCUCCUACUGACUGGCUGAUGGACAUGACUGACAGGCCCACCGGCCAAUCCUAUAGCAGAACUGAUCCUAAUAUGGGAAAUGGAGUGGUGUUGGGUAUUCAGAAUCCCCCAGCCACUGUGAAAGGGACGUGAAUUUGUUUGGCUGAAUAGAAUGGAAUGGAUGACACGUGAGACAGGGAAAGAGAAAGACAGAGUGGAGGUGGAGACACUUUGCUAAUGUUUCCAAGUAGCUUUGCAGAAAUGUUGCACUUUGUUCUGAUCUUGAAGGUGUACAUGGUUUACAGAGAGAGAGAGAGAGAGAGAGAGAGAGGAAGGAAGAUAAGCUCUACCCCUUGUGCAUGCCAUUGGACAUGCUGUGUCUGUUGCCAUGGGGACUUAAGUGGGGCUAGGCCACACCCCUUGCUAGUGUUGAACUGGGCUCUUAUUGGUGGAGAGGUAAACUGUAAACAAAAAGCAACACGUUUUGUUGUUUAUUGGAAUCCCCAUCAGAAGUCCAUUCCUAAAUAGACCACUAGCUUCUACUAUAGAAGGCACUUCCUGUAGAUCUGAAGGGAUUGGAUAGGCAUUAAACUAUCGGCACCUUGUGCCUGGAUAGGCCAAGUGGAAUGUUCUCCAUAUUGCUUAGACCUCUGCAGUCAGUUCAGAUCUACACCAGUAUGUUGGUGCUAGAGAUCGAUUUGGGAUGUGGCUUGAAUCCCCAGAAUAGAUCAGUUGGUUUGCCAGACUCACAGUAAACCUUGGACUAAAUUGCACUUAUAAUCAAGAUGAUUUGGUUUUAUGGACAUGACUUCUUGAAAUAGUCCUGGACUAAGGCUAAGCCUCAGUCCCAGACUGUCGGACAGAAGCUCAUAUUUAAUAUGUUCAUAAAGUCACGUUUUUAGAACUUGAAUCAAGAAUGAAAUCUACUCCUGGAUUAAUAUAAUCUGGCUGUGUGAAAGAAGUUGGUUUUAGGCAGUUUAGGUCCUCCGUGGAUCCAUCCCUCUACAAUGUGCUGAGUGCUAGGCCUGUUCAGGCAAUGAAGUCUGUUUAGCAGAACACAAUGAAACCAUAUAAGGAUCAGCGUUAUUGUAAAGAUUAAGGUUUCAAUACUCAAAUCAUCUGGAGGAAAUUCAAUGUACAUUUCAUGUGUAGGACCGACAUAUCUGCAAUCUCAGUCUGUACAGAGGGUCAAACACACUCAAUUGACUGAACUCUCACUAGGCAGUGCCCCGUUUGCACCGGUUUUCUCAAAUAAAUAAAAGACAAAACGCCUAGAAACAUAA